AUGUCUUCAAGCAAGGAAGGGACCGAAUACCCUAAAGUUGCUCCACCACCUUCACAAUUUCCAGAAGGGCAAUGGUCCACCGGAAUAUGCAAUUGUUUUGAUGACCCUUCUAAUUGUUUGCUCACCUGUUUCUGUCCAUGCAUCACCUUUGGACGCAUAGCCGAGAUCCUUGAUAGAGGAAAUACAUCAUGUGGAAUUCAAGGCCUCAUCUACUAUGCAAUGAGCCAUAUUGGUUGCGGGUGGCUAUACGGUGGUAUUUAUCGGUCCAAACUGCGAGGUCUCCUUUCGUUACCAGAAACUCCCUGUGCGGAUUGGUUGGUCCAUUGUUGUUGCUGUGUGUGUUCUCUAUGUCAAGAGUAUAGAGAACUCAAGAAUCAUGGGGCUGAUCCCUCUUUAGGUUGGCAGGCCAAUGUUGAGAAGUGGAGCCGGGAGGGACUUAGUCCCCCAUUUGUUGCGUCAGGCAUGGAUCGUUAA